CAAGUCACAACCCUAGGCCCAAGUCCCCCCUCAGUCCUCACUCCUCACUCCUCACUGUCCCGCCUCCACCGUCCCCUCCCCUACCGGUCGCCGCUGCCUCCCUAGCCCGCCGCCGGCAAAGCUAAUCCUAUACUCGUAUCCACGUUGCUUCUUCGAGAGAGAGGAUCGAAAAACUCGUAAGCAUGGUGCAGCUCGAGGAGCUAAUCUCCUGCCUCCCGCCGCCGCCGGCGACCACCAUCACCCACCGCAAGAUGCUCGCCCGCAGGAAAACCAUGGAGAUGGCCGUCGUCUCCGACCCCGCCCCCGCCGCCGUCACCAACCUCAAUUAUGCCGGUGCCACACGCUCGUCUCCAGUCGCUGCAAAUAUCCGUGGUACCCCGGUGAUGAGGGACGUUCUCAGUCAUCUCCCGGUAAAGAUGGUGCGGGAGUUAGGUCCCUUAUUCGCCAGCGAAUUUUGGCUAUCCACCGUUAUGGAAAUUGACGACGAACAGCUGCUCCCCCAGAAUGGCGAGCAAGUGGAUCUCAUUGAGAGGGUUGGGUCAGUCCUUUCCACACAAGAUGGGCCUUUCCCUACGGUGAGGCUCACCAACUUGUGCUUUCAGCCAUUUGGGGUGCAGGAAUUACAUUGCAUAGACGAUGAUGAGUCUGCAUUUAUUAUUCUGAUGUCUUGGUUUAAUCUCUUUAACUCGAAGAAGGUGACCAAGUUCAUCUUUCUCAAUAGAGCUCAGCCAACGGCUAAACUUUUAUUUGUGCCAGAAAACAUUCUUAAGUGGUGGAGGCUCGAGACCCUGUAUUUAUGUCAAAUCAGGUUCAAGGACCCCUCUGGAACCAUUGAUUUCCAUUUGCCGAAUCUCGCGGAAUUGGGGAUUGUCAAUUGUGAGUUCCACCAUGAUACACUGAUGAAGAUGGUUGCACAGUGCCCAAAGCUCGAAAGGUUAUCUCUGGCUUUUCUCGAGUUUUCUACCAAGAUUCACUUUGAGUCUAAUAGCCUCAAGAGGAUGGUGCUCUGGAAUUAUUCUGCAAGAGACAGUGUUAGAAUUGUGGCCCCAAAACUAUGCAGACUCAUAUUGCAUAAUGUUGGCACUUCUGAGCCUCAGCCCCAUGAUGAGCACCCUGAUCCUGGCGACCAUCGAACCAUGGUGUUAUCUAUGAACUCAGAAAUCGAUAUGGAUCUUGAAGUUUUAGGUUACAUUGACCUGAACUCCCAUGUGCCACUAUUGAGUGAAGGGCAAUCUUGCAAGUCUGUUAGGACUUUGGGAGUUCAACUUGGGUUUGGGCAUGAUAAUGAGUUUCACACCAUGCGGCGUCUAUUGAAAUACUUUCCAUCUGUGGAGAACCUAUACAUACAGAGUACUAAACUGGACAAUGUCACUAUAGAUCUAACAGAAGAUCGCAUUAUUGACUUGUUUGAGCCAAUAGAAGAUCGUAAGAUCAUGAUGGUUGUAUAUGAGGCUUUUAAAGGUUCUGACCAUGAGUUAUGCUUAGCAUCCGUGUUAUUGCAGAGGCUCCCUUCCCUGCAAAAAAUGACGAUAUUCUAUGACCGUGAGAUCAGUGAUUUAGUAAUCAACAAGUCACACUCUUCCUUACAAGCAGCCAUGCUCGGUGCCACAGUUGAGUUGAACUUUUGUGCAUGCCCUGAGUCUUCAUGGACUCUACAAGAAGCCCUAAACGCCGAUCACUUAGCAUCUAAACCAUGAGGAUAUGUCAAAAGCUGUCUACAUUUGGAGCUUGAAAGUGCAAUUGGAUAAGCAUUUUGGACACUGGGAAGAGGAUGCUGGACUUGUUGACGAACUUCAGAAAAGGAACAACACAAUAUGUUAUUUGUGCCAAGCUAACUGAUCUGUUGUUUCAAUAUCUAAAAAAACUGAUCUGUUGUUUUAAUGCCUACUAAGACCAUAUUAUUGUUUUUUUUACAGUUAGUCCCAUCACCUGUCAUGAUGACUUGACAGUUACUUUUUGAACAAAAUUUAGACCGCUCCUGUACUUUUCUCAUUUUCUAGUUGGGAGAUAAUGUGCCAUGAUCCAUACUUGUGGUUUGGUUUGUCAAGAA